AAAUUGACUGAUCAGUCUUGCUCGAGAAAUAUUUCUAUGCGGUUGUGUAGUCGCGUGCGUUGAUUCUCUCGUUUUAUUUCUGAUUUUAUUAUUUUUUUCUUAAUUUUUUUUUUGAUUUCUUUUGAACGUGGAUUUAAGAUAAAACUUGUGAAAGGAUGACCACUAGACAACGCCAUGAAGACUAUUCAACAUCCAAUGUCGUUAGAGUAUUACAUCCAACACGACCUCUUUCACCAAACAAUGGCGUCACAGACGUUGAUAACAACUUGGACUAUCUCUUAGACGAUCUACAAUCAAGCGUUACAAAUUCGAAGAACGAGAGCAGCUACUCGUCAAAAUCUCGCGAUGUUCAAUAUCUGUCGCCGUCCAACACUAGCACAAUUAUCAGAGAACGAUCCGUUAGUCCUGGUGGUGAAAAACGUUCAAUGUAUAAGGCAUCUCAUUACGAAUACUCAUCAUCCUCCAAUGGUAUCACGCCAUCUCAGGCAGAUCUGCAGAAAAAUAUAAAUUCACUCGAUACACUGUUGCUGGAUUUGAAGCAUGAACGAGAUGCAUCUUUGGAUCGAGAUAAAAAUUUCUCCAACGUUGGCAUCGACUCAGGAUUACUUGAGCCGAAUUCUCGUGUUACCAAAACAACCAGAACGUAUACCUCAAACUCUACUGAUGGCGUCAGCAAAUCAUCCAUGAGCCGAGAUUAUAAUUUAUCGCCCAUCAUAACGACCGAAAAGACGACCACACAUCAGUCGAGAUCAAGAAAUCGUAGUCCAGUUUAUGAGAAAAAUAUUGAAACGAAAGUUACACGCGAUGUAUCUUAUGAAUCUGAACCGAUCGUCGAUAAUGUUGUUUCAUCGACGUCGACCAUCAACCGAUCGUACAACAAUUACAACACAAAUACGAGAAAGGUUGAACAGCAAAUUGUGCCAUACAACGAAAUUGUCGAUGUGAAUACGAGCAACUUGACAAACGAAUUGAACGAAUUGCCAUUGGCUGGAAAUAUUAUGCCAGGACCGGGAACUAAAGUGACUACAACCAUUAAAACUUUCACUUACGAGAUUCCCGGCGAUACUCAGGUGUCGACAAACAAGCAUUUCAAGUAUCAGAAUGACACGUAUAAUACCAAUAACACGACUACAUUUGCUGAACGCGACGUUCCGCCACCAGGAAGCAAUCAAACGACUAUAUACAAAACCGAGAACUACAAUACGAUCAACAGAACUGAUGGUUACUCAGGCUACCCGAAUGAUAAUCGUCCUCGCUCACCAUUACCGGAACCGACAACCAACAAAACUGUCAUCUACAAGCGAGAAACCCGAGACACUUCAUCCAACAACGUAUAUCCGUCUCCGAAUCGAGGAUAUCCUAACUCUCCACCAAGCCAAUCGACCGUAGUUUACAAACAUGACGUAACGAACACCAAUACAAAUGUUCAUCAUCCGCCAGCUGGUGGAGUUCCAGUUUUCCCACACGAUCCUAGCCUUCCAGCUGGACAUCCAGGCCCGAAGCACACGUAUCUUUACAAGAAAGAAAUCAGCAACACUAAAAACACUGUGUACGGACCACCCGGUAGCGGUCCACCUUAUGACAGAUAUCCACAAAACGAUUAUCCGAAUAAUGCAUUGCCGCCACAAGGAUAUCCAACCGAACCAUCAUCGACGACAUACAAGUACAUCACCAACACAUCAACAACCACAAGAAAUGUUCAUGGCCAUCCAGACGAUCGGCAACCAUUGUUGGCACCGUUCCCAACGGAUGGUCUUGACCAUAGUCAAGUUGAUGGAACUCCUCCGAAGAGGCUCGACGAUUUGUUGGCUACUUUGGGAGAUCAAAAUGGACGAACAGGCGACGAACCGUAUACUCCCCGGAAAGAAGUAAACACAUCGUUAGCUACGGGAAAAGCUGUCGCUAUUGUCGAACCGAAAGUGCCUACGAAAAACAUUGCUGGUCCACCUGUUUAUUAUCCACCAGGUCAUGAACUAUUUGCAAAGAAUGAACAAAGUGCGGCUGCUUGGAGAGCUCAGGGUGGUUACGCCAAUGCUCGUGGAAAGUACGAAUAUGAAGCUGAAAGUAAAUCAAAAAGCUCUAGCAAAAGCGGUGGUGCAAUGGUGCCAGUGUGUUUGCCAUUAUGUUGUGCCAUGCCAUGUGUUAUUAUGUAAAAAAAAUGUUUGCUCAACAAUCUUAAUUUUGCUUCAAUUUGUCUUCACACUGCGCCAUCUAUUGAACCCAGAACAAAAAAUAUUUUUUUUUAAUUUUUAACUUUGUCUCCAGUUUUAAUAUUUUCGAUUUAUCAAU